AUGCAUUGACCGAAAUAAACUGAAGAGAUCAAAUUGGCUGAUAGAAAAAUGAAAUUUUCAAAAAUAGUUUUGUUUCGAGAAUAAGCAGUGACGUACUAUUAUUUUCUCCAAAAAUAAACACAAAACCCAAGAGAUGAGAAACGCCCGCAUGCCCAACCCUAGACCCGGCACUGCACUGUGCAAUAAAUAAAACUGUCGACCGUUUCUGGGUGCCAAAACUGUCAAAUCCUACUUGAAACGAACCUUUUGAAUUUCUCUACCUGCAACUUUCUGAAACACAAAAUUCUACUAGGAACCAGGGUAGGGAAUAGACAAAAUACGGUUUGUCUAGGUGGGGGAGGUGUAAGGCUCGACUUAAAUUUUAGUGCAGUUUGUGAGAAUGUCCAUUUUGUGCAGUGUUUUCAGUUAGAACAGACCUAAAGAUGAUAAGGAAUCCUUUCGAUUCUCCCUCAAUGGAUUGGUUGAGAAGACCAGUAGUCAGUCCGGAGCCCUGGGAAGGCACUGCUAAUUUAAAUGAGGAAGAGGCAGAUCUGGAAGUGGAGAAUUGGGACCCUUAUGACAACGGUCGUUUGGGUCCGGUAGAAAUAAUGGAGGCGGAUGAGCAGCAAUCUGCUGAUUAUUCUUCCUUAUUUCAACCGGAAAUGGAUCCUGAAUAUGAACAUCAUAUUCAGGAAAUCAUUACCCAAUUCUUCUGCGAUUUUGAGAAUCCAGAAGAAAGGGAAGUAGCAGGAGCAGAAGGAGGAGAUCAACCUGAAGAUGAGGAAUAUGAGGCAGAGAAUGAUAUAGAAGAUGCCUCAGAAGAUUUGGAAGAAUAUUCGGAAGAAGAUACGGCAGAAGAUUCUGAAGAAUAUUCGGAAGAAGAUACGGCAGACAAUACGGCAGACGGUACGGUAGACGAUACUACAGACGAUACGACAGACGAUACGGCAGAUGAUAUGUCAGACUAUAUGGCAGAAAAUACGGCAGACGAUACGGUAGACGAUACGGUAGACGAUACGGUAGACGAUACGGUAGACGAUACGGCAGACGAUAUGGCAGACGAAACGACAGACGAUAUGGCAGACGAUACGGCAGACGAUAUGGCAGACGAAACGACAGACGAUAUAACAGACGAUACGACAGACAAUAUGGAAGACGACAUGGCAGACGAUAUGGCAAAAGAUACGACAGUAGAUUAAAUAAAACAUGAGCAGAAGAAUUUUUUUAUAUCAGAGUAAAUAAUACGGGAAGAAGCAGGAGCACUAGAAGCAGAAGAUGAAGUAGUAAAUGAACCCGAAGAUGAGACAUAUGAUAAGACAUAUGAUGAGGCAGAAGAUACGGCAUAAGAUAAAGCAGAAGAUACGGCAGAACAUAUGGCGAAUGAUACUACAGAAGAUGAGGCAGUAGAUCAAGCAGAAAAUACGGCAGAGGAUACGGCAAAUGAUACGACAGAAGAUAAGGCAGUAGAUCAAGCAGAAAAUACGGCAGAAGAUGCGGCAGAACAUACGAAGAAGAUUGCCCUUAGAGAAAUUGGAGUUUGAAGGCUUUCUAACAAUCGAAAGAAAUUUAUCCUAUUCCUCAACUGAAUUUCUUGAGUUUGGUCGUUUACUGUCAAGGUCAAUGGAGAGCGUUAUACCUUGCCAUGCCAAACCAAUUUUUGUCUCAAAAAAUUCAAGAAGGCAUCGACGACAUUUGGUUCCAACAGGACGGGGCCACUUUGAAUUUAUGGAUCAAACAUGCAAAACUGAAAUGACUCAUCUAGUAGCAUUGGCCAGAGGAGAAGACUCCGUGCUUCCUAAGUAGAAGGUCUGGAGUUCCAGCACCAAGCAAGGAAAUUCUCUGGUUACAAGGGACCAUUCAACCAUUAGUUGUCGGAUAGAAAAUGUGUACUGCCAGCCUGAAGUGGCGAUGACACACAUUAUCAAAACCUAUACGAAACACAAUAGGUUCUCUUAAAUCUGAGAAGAUCCAGGCUUCUGAUAGAUAAUCAGGAUAUGAAACAUAAUAUGCGUUUAUAUCAUUUAUAAUUUUUAUUAUAUACUUACCAUAAUAAUAUGACUAUUGUAAAAUAUCCUUGUAAAUAGUUGAUGUUAAAUUGUUUUGUAAUGAAAAUAUUAUAUUAUUACUAAUUUAUUUAUCGUUUUUUCAGU